AUGGCCCUGAUCCGGCGCCCGUGUUGCCCGGUGUCUGCUCCCCGGGGGCCCAGGCUCAUCAGCUGGCCGGCCUCGAUCAGGCGGGCUCAGAGGGCAUCCCUGGGAGGCCACGACGGUCGCAGGAAACCCCAGGUGCAGCCCACAGGGCUAGGAGCCGCCUCCCCAGACUCGCUGGCCAUCCAGACAAGACGCUCACCAGCCACAGACGAUCCUAACCCAACUGCCACAGGAGCCCCUGGCUCAGCCCGCACGCACUGGGCACCUCAGCCCCCGCCAGCGUGCUCGGAGGAGCCUGGGCCGCCCAAGCUUGCCUGGGGCGUCCUCCCGGGCUUCGGGCCCCGGGUGCGGGGCGGUGCUGACGCGGGCGCCCCGCGGAGGCCGUGGCCCCGUCGUGGCGGCUUCGCGACGCGGCUGCGGGCGGCCGCUCCUGCACAGCCGGGACGCGGCCCCUCUUCCGGGGGCCCGUGCACGUCCGCACCUCCGCCGCGCUGGCCGCCCCCUCCCCGCGGGAAGCCAGGAGAGAGGAGCCAGCCGGCGACGGGGCCCGCACCCCCGGAGCGCCCCGAGGCCCCGACAGGGCCAACCGCGGAGGACCAAGCAGCCACCACCAUCCAGCGAGCCUUCCGGAAGCUCCUGGCGAGAACGGAGCAGGCCCGCCGUGAGCAGGACCACCAGGACUACCUGGAGCUGAUGGAGAAGCUGCAGAGGGAGGCCUUCGUGGCCCUGUUGCGGCGGGAGCAGGAGGCGGCCCGGCGGCAGUAGGAAGAAGCGGCGGCGGCCGAGCGGCGGCGGCAGGAGGAGCGGCAGCGCGCAGCGCGCCUACUGGAGGCGGCCUUCGACGGGAACCUGGGCGAGAUCCAGGCGGUCCUGCGGGAGGGGGGCGGCGGGCCCUGAGCUCGCGGCGCCGCUGACCGCCGCCCGGCGCAGGUGGACGCGCUACUGAACCGCGAAGCAGCGGCGGGCGGGCAGUCCCUGGCCAUCCAGCUGCUAGCCAAGCAGGGCGCCAGUCGCAACAGCAAGGGCGCCUUCGGCCGGACGCCGCUGUACCGAGCGGCCUUUGGGGGAAACCUGGAAGCCGUGGAGUUGCUUCUGAAGCUCGGAGGUGACCCCCGGGUGUAUGCGGACGACGGAAGCACCCCCGAGCAGGAGGCCUCGCUGGACGCGGUGGUCAGCAUGCUGCAGUCCUGGGACCUGAGCCUCACAGAUGCCAUGCUCCAGAACAUGGAGGCCCAGCGGCAGCGCCGGGGCCAGGAAACCAAGCAGCACAGGGAGGCGGAGGCCAAGUGGUUGCAACAGCUGCCCAAGGAGCAGCAAGUGUCACCAACAGGUGUGCAGCCCGCCCCCCGGAAGGAGCCGGCCAUCAAGGACGCGGAGGCCCAAGUGGACAGGCUCCGGUAGGAGGCCCAAAAGGCGGAGGAGACGCUGGCCCUGGCCAGGCUGGAGCGCGGGGGGCGGGCCCAGGAGGGGGAGGAGGCACCCGGGCUGAAGUGUCAGGUCACCGAGCUCCACAACAUGCUGUUGAAGGACGUGGGUGAUCGCAUCCGCGCUGACGGCAGGUAGCCUCUUGUCAUCGACCCUUCAGGCCAGGGCACCUUGCUGCGCUACCAGGACACCAACUAUGUGGACGCCGUGAACCCAGACCACCUGAGGCCGGAGAGGAUCAGGCUGGCGCUGCCGGGGGCGCUCGGGUUCGGGAAGCCGCGGGUGUCCAACCUGCGUGAAGUGGACCUGUUCCCAGCGGUGCAGCAGCAGCUGGAGGCGGUGCAGCCGGGCCUGGUGCAGGAUCUGCUGGGCCGCGGGCUGCUGGAGCGGGAGAGGUACCUGCCGCUGGCCGAAGGCCCGAGGCGCCGGGUCCGCUAA